AUCGCGCGCGCGCGCCCGCCCGCCCCGCCGGCAGCCGCUUGCUCGCUGGCUCUCUCGUCAGUGCUCUGUGGUGUGUGAGGCGUCCGGCCCCCCGGCCCCCUGAGGCGCGGCGCGGCGGGAUGCGGCGGCGGCCGUGGCGGGGCCGCGGGCCGGGCGGGCGGGCUCGGUAAUGAAUGUCGGCGGCCGCCGCCAUGUCCAAGGUAACGGCGCCCGGGCCCGGGCCGCCGCCACCGGCGGCGGCGGCGGCGGGCGGGAAGGAGAAGCGCUCCUUCAGCAAGCGGCUGUUCCGGAGCGGCCGCGCGGGCGGCGGCGGCGGCGGCGCGGGGGGCCCUGCGGGGCCCGGGCCGGCUGCGCCCGCCUCGCCGUCGUCGGCGCGCUCGGUGGGCAGCUUCAUGAGCCGCGUCCUCAAGACGCUGUCCACGCUCUCGCACCUUAGCUCCGAGGGCGCCGCCCCGGACCGCGGCGGCCUCCGCAGCUGCUUCCCGCCCGGGCCGGCCGCCGCGCCCACGCCGCCGCCGUGCCCGCCGCCGCCCGCCUCGCCCGCGCCGCCCGCCUCCGCCGCCGAGCCGGUGCCCGGGGUGGCGGGGCUCCGGAACCACGGCAACACGUGCUUCAUGAACGCCACGCUGCAGUGUCUCAGCAACACCGAGCUCUUCGCCGAGUACCUGGCGCUCGGCCAGUACCGGGCGGGGCGGCCCGAGCCCUCGCCUGACCCCGAGCAGCCUGUGGGCCGCGGCACGCAGGGCCAGGGCGAGGUCACCGAGCAGCUGGCGCACCUGGUGCGGGCCCUCUGGACCCUGGAGUACACCCCGCAGCACAGCCGCGACUUCAAGAGUAUUGUGUCAAAGAACGCACUGCAAUAUCGGGGAAAUUCCCAGCAUGACGCCCAGGAGUUUCUGCUGUGGCUUCUGGACCGAGUUCAUGAAGACCUCAAUCAUGCUGUGAAGCAGAGCGGCCAGCCUCCUCUGAAGCCACCAUCAGAGACUGAUAUGAUGCCUGAGGGACCAUCUUUUCCUGUCUGUAGCACUUUUGUACAAGAACUUUUUCAAGCCCAGUACAGAUCUUCUUUGACAUGUCCUCACUGUCAGAAGCAGAGCAACACCUUUGACCCUUUCCUCUGCAUUUCUUUGCCAAUUCCUCUACCCCACACAAGGCCUCUCUAUGUUACCGUAGUGUAUCAGGGGAAAUGUUCUCACUGCAUGAGGAUUGGUGUGGCCGUGCCUCUGUCUGGGACUGUCGCCAGGCUUCGGGAAGCAGUGUCUAUGGAAACAAAGAUCCCCACUGAUCAGAUUGUGUUAACGGAAAUGUACUAUGAUGGGUUCCAUCGUUCCUUUUGUGACACAGACGACCUGGAAACAGUCCAUGAAAGCGACUGCAUUUUUGCCUUUGAGACUCCAGAAAUAUUUAGGCCUGAAGGAAUUCUCAGUCAAAGAGGAAUCCACUUAAACAACAAUCUAAACCACUUGAAAUUUGGCUUGGAUCAUCGACUCUCUUCUCCUACACAGGCAGCAGCAAAGCAGGGGAAAACAGACUUACCCCCAACAAGAGCAGGAAACGACAAGAUUGUUCUAUUAGUGUGUAACCGAGCGUGCACUGGGCAGCAAGGGAAAAGAUUUGGACUGCCUUUUGUGCUGCACUUAGAGAAGACAAUAGCUUGGGACCUUUUGCAGAAGGAAAUCUUGGAGAAGAUGAAGUAUUUCCUGAGGCCCACGGUUUGUGUCCAGGUGUGUCCAUUCAGUUUGCGUGUUGUCAGUGUUGUGGGGAUAACAUACUUGUUGCCCCAGGAGGAGCAGCCGCUGUGCCACCCAACAGUAGAAAGGGCAUUAAAAUCUUGUGGACCAGGUGGCACCGCUCAUGUGAAGUUAGUGGUAGAAUGGGACAAGGAAACAAAAGAUUUCCUGUUUGUAAAUACUGAAGAUGAAUAUAUUCCUGAUGCAGAAAGCGUCCGUCUGCAGAGGGAGCGUCAUCAUCAGCCUCAGACUUGCACUUUAUCCCAGUGUUUCCAGCUCUACACCAAAGAGGAGCGGCUCGCCCCAGAUGAUGCCUGGCGUUGCCCGCACUGUAAGCAGCUGCAGCAGGGGAGCAUUACGUUAAGCCUCUGGACUCUGCCCGAUGUGCUUAUUAUACAUCUCAAGAGAUUUCGACAGGAAGGAGACAGGCGUGUGAAACUUCAGAACAUGGUCAAGUUCCCCUUGACUGGCCUGGAUAUGACACCUCAUGUGGUUAAGAGAAGUCAGAGCAGCUGGAGUUUGCCAUCCCAUUGGUCUCCAUGGAGACGGCCCUAUGGACUCGGGAGGGACCCUGAGGACUACGUCUAUGACCUGUAUGCUGUGUGCAAUCAUCAUGGCACCAUGCAAGGGGGGCACUACACAGCGUACUGUAAGAACUCUGUGGACGGCCUGUGGUACUGCUUUGAUGACAGCGACGUGCAGCAGCUGUCGGAAGAUGAGGUCUGCACACAGACUGCAUACAUCCUUUUCUACCAGAGGCGAACGGCUAUUCCGUCAUGGUCGGCCAACAGCUCGGUGGCAGGCUCCACAAGUUCUUCCUUGUGCGAACAUUGGGUGAGCCGACUCCCGGGGAGCAAGCAAGCCAGUGUGACCUCUGCAGCUUCCUCCAGACGUACCUCCCUGGCCUCGUUGUCCGAGUCGGUGGAGAUGGCUGGGGAGAGGAGUGAAGAUGAUGGAGGUUUCUCAACUCGACCAUUCGUGAGAAGUGUCCAGCGUCAGAGCUUGUCAUCCAGAUCUUCUGUCACCAGCCCCUUGGCCGUUAACGACAAUUGCAUUAGACCUUCUUGGUCCCUGUCCGCCAAGCUGCAGAUGCGCUCCAGUUCUCCCUCCCGGUUCUCAGGGGACUCUCCGAUCCACACCUCGGCCUCCACCUUGGAGAAGAUCGGGGAGGCAGCGGAUGACAAGGUUUCUGUCUCUUGCUUUGGCAGCUUGAGGAACCUUGCCAGCAGUUACCAGGAAUCAAAUGAUACUCAUAGCCGACGUGAGCACAAGGCUGUGGGCCGGGCCCCUCUGGCUGUCAUGGAAGGUGUGUUCAGAGACGAAUCAGACACCCGCAAAUUGAACUCCAGUGUUGUAGACACACAGAGCAAAAACUCAGCACAAGGGGAUCAUGUGCCCCCCAUCUCUGAUCCAUUUGAUAACAAUAACCAGAUCGCUUAUGUGGAUCAGAGCGAUUCUGUAGACAGCUCUCCAGUCAAAGAAGUGAAACCCACAAGCCACCCGGGCUCCCUCACAAAGAAACCAGACAGCACAGCCAAGAGAUCCCCCAGCUCCAAAGGCACUUCUGAGCCAGACAGAAGCUUGCGGAAGGGGAGACCAGUCUUGGCAAGCCAGGAGUCCUCUCUUUCAAGUACAUCCCCUUCUUCUCCUGUUCCUGUAAAAGUUUCUAUAAAGCCCUCCCGCUCCCGAAGCAAAGCAGAUUCUUCUUCCAGGGCCAGUGGACGGCAUUCCUCCCCUGCCCCUGCCCAGUCCAGAAAGGAGUCCUCCUCCAAACCCCAGGACUCCACGUCAUCUCCUUCACCCCAGAGGCAGAAAUCAUCUUCCUCCCUCACUUACACUGCUCCCUCCACAUCUGCCAAAAAACCUUCGGGCCCUGCUGCAAGGGGCCCCUUCCCUCCUGGGAAGAGCAGGACUUCAGACCGGAGCUUGAGUAGAGAGGGCUCCAGGCAAAGCCUGGCUUCGGACAGAGCCAGCGUCACCUCCAGCUCUAAACCCAACUCCCCUCGGGUGAGCCAGGCCAGGGCGGGGGAGGGCCGAGGGGAUGGAAAGCAUGUCAGGAGCUCCUCCAUGGCCAGUCUGCGUUCCCCCAAUGCAAACAUGAAGUCUGGUCUGAAGAGGGACAGCAAGUCAGAGGACAAGGGGCUGUCCUUCUUCAAGUCAGCCUUGAGACAGAAGGAAACCCGGCGGUCGACUGACCUUGGCAAAACAACCUUGCUCUCCAAGAAGGCAGGUGGGAGCUCUGUCAAGUCGGCUGGUAAGAAUGCCGUGGAUGACAAGGCAGAGAAAGGCUACCAGCCUCCAGCUUCCCAGCAGCCAAAUGCAAGUGCAGCUGGAAAAGAGCAGCUUGUCUCCAAGGACCCUGCUUCUGCUAAACAUUCCCUGCUGUCUGCUCGCAAAUCCAAGUCUUCCCAGCUAGAUUCUGGAGUGCCGGCAUCUCCUGGUGGCAGGCAGUCUGCUGAGAAAUCCUCAAAAAAGUUAUCUUCUAGCAUGCAAACCUCUGCACGGCCUUCUCCAAAACCUCAGUGAUAUUUCUGCAAUCUAAGUGUUUUAUCUGUAAAGAUGUUUAUUUAUUUAGAACCCUUCCCUCCCACCAAAGCCCUUUAUGCUUUUGUAUGUUUUGGGUCACGUGCCUGGUGUGCGUGCGUGUGUGUGUGUGCGCGCGCGUGCGUAUGAGUGUGUGUAUAUGUGUGUGUAGAAUUCAACUGCAAAUUGUUAAAAGCGUCGCCUUAUUCUGCCAUUGAACCAAAUAACAGCCGUAGGCAAAGCAUUGAUACCAAGCUAACUGGAAGAAUCGUAGACGAGACCCUGGGCGGUCCCUUUAGCAAUUGUACAUAUUUCUUUCUAGAGAACUCUCAUGACUUCUGUUGGACAUUAGGGUUUGGAAACCUCUGAACCAGUUAAGCUGUCAUUAGCUUGUGCUGUAGAAGGAUCGGUUGUUUGACUUGGGUUUCAUCUGAGCAGGAUUUGUCCUCACAGCUGAUUGUUGUAGGGCACCAGGAGCUCUAAAAACUGUGACGCUAACAAUGAACAAACCGAGAGAAGACUUGCUUUCUGCACUUUGGCCCCAUCUACCAGUCUCUGUAAAGGGCAAUAUUUUCACACUAAUGUUUCUCAGGUAUAUACUCAGCCAGUUUAGGGUGGAUGCACAUCAGUAAAAGGGUUGACGACGAAGGUGGCCUGUGAGUGACUGUCGCUUCUCCAGCUGCCGCAGAUAGAAAUUUCUAGAGGCAGAACUGAAGUCUUUCAGACCUUCAUGUCUGCAAAGAUGUGUGUACUAUAAGCUGUCUUGAUUCUUAAGAUAUGUCUUAAGAGGUGGCACAUAGGACAGUCAGAGAGCCAGUCACUAAUUAAUUUUGUUUUCCUUCUAAAUUUGCUAGCUAUGGCCAUUGGCGUUUUGAAAUGUAGUAGAGCAGUUAACACCUUUGAAAGAGUUCUGGAAAAAAGUGGAUUCUGACCUGGAUGCAUGAAUCUGUACCAUUUUCCUUCUCUGCUGUUGCUUUUUUCUGUGUUGGAAGCUGAAAGCUCGAUGCUAGCCUCUGUGCGCGUGCCCGGUGUUUCUUGUAACUUGGAGAGGAAAGAAGAUGCCUAAUGCCAAAAGUCAGUCGAUGGUGUGUCGAAGCAGUGUGUGACGAAGUAUUACGUGUGCGCUUCUGAUGCUGCCUGUCAGUGUCCGUUGUAGACUGCUUUUCAGUAAGUCGUUUAUUUCUUCUCUGUGCUUAAGACUUCGUCUCUUACCCAGAACUCAGAAGCAGAAUUGGAGCGCGUUCCAUCUGGUGUUGUCAGUGCGAAUUGCAUUUCUUGUUCAGAAAACAAGGGAACCUCACCAAAAUCUCACCGAUAAGCGAGAUACAUAGUUCUUCAAGAUUUCUGGAGGUAUCCUAGCAAUUUUUAGCUUUUUCUUUUUCUUUUUUUUUUUUUUCCAUUUUUCUAUUUCUUUUUUUAAGUGUCAAGAGAGUCAUGACCCUGAUUCUCUUUGCGUAGCAUUUGUCGCUUUGCUACGAAGUUUAGCAUACUAAGUUUUUAUGGUUUAAAUUACUAAUUUGUAAAAAAAAAAAAAAUUGUAAACCCUCCCAGCUCUUCCUGAACUCUUGGUGCACAAAUCCAUUUAUAACCUCCCUUUUCAGUAUUGCUGUGUGUGAAGUGAUUAGAAUACAUACACAUGCAUAGCUAUGAAUUCUGCACUGCCUUUUUUUUUUUUCCUCCCCAUCCUGCCCUCCCCCACGAAUACCUCUUGGGAAAUAUUUCCAUUCGGUUUCUAACUUUAUUUUGCUGCUACUUUGAGCAUUAGCAGGUAACUUGCAAGUCUGGAGGCCAUUGUUGUUGAGGGUAGCUGGAAUUUUAGACCCUUGCAGUUUUUAAGACUUAGCUACUCCGCCUUGUGGAAGUUACCAUAGUGCUCCGUGAAGUUCAUUGAACAUGAGCCUGUCCGCGCCCCUUCGCUAGGUGUCCCCGGUGAACUGCACCAGCUUCUGGUCUCCCAAAGCAGCGGCUCCUCUUCUCUCUGUUGUAGUGUGACAGUCGACGACUGGCUGCCCUCAGUGUUGUCACUGCUUCCUCGGGCACACUGACAGCCCUCUCAGUGUUUAGCCACUGCUGGUUUUUCUGUGUCCCUUUUAUUUCCUGGAAAGGAUGCACCAAGUAUGGGAUCAUCAACCAGGGGUUGAAUGUUUGUCUGAUUUGAGCCUCUCGUCUUUGUUUCAAAAAGGUAGAUGUCAUUUGAAAUCUCCUAUCCGAAGCUCUGAAACAGCCUUAGAAUUAUAGUCUGUCUGCCCAAAGGGUUUUUAAUAAGACCUUUUUCUGUGGCUAUUAUCAGUUAAGCAUUAGUAGAAUCUAGUUUAAUUUUCACGGUGGCAAAUAUUUUUUUUCUCGAGAUCUUCAGGAAUGGAUUUUCCAUUACAUCCACUGUUUUCCAAAAAAAAUAACCAAAAACACCAAACUGAAGAACAACUCUGCAGAUUUAUUUUUAAUUUUCCAUGGGAACUAGAAAAAAAAUUCAGUAUCUGUAAACUAAAAGUCUAUGGGGUUUAGUCUUCAAUUUUUCAUAUUUAAAUGAAAAAAAAAGUCAGGAAGCCUUGUGGCAUUGUCUGGGCGUCUUUAAGCUGUUCUGUUUUUGUGCUUGAUAAACAAUGAAAAUCUCAUCCUUAAUGACUAGGAACCAUCUUUAAGCCACAGAAGAGGAUAUUUGCCCAAAAGUUUGGACGUGGUCUUUGAGGUGUGAAAGAUCUUAAGGGAAAAUUAUUACUUGGUUCAGUUCAGUUGUUCAGUAGCUUAGGGACAUGGCAUUUGCUUUGUUUUUUAUUUUCCUGGUGAUGUUUGGCGCAUUGAGCAUAUCUGUGCUUUGGGGUUAGAAAUGAUCUGUCAAGGAUGGUGGGCCAGAGUUUCUGGUUGAUAACCAGGUGGGCCAGAGCAGUCAUUUCCUGGUUGGCACAGAGUAAUCCCUGACAGGAGUGUGGCUUUUUAAUGUUUUUUGCUUUUCAAAAAACUUUCUAUUUUUGAUUUCUUUUCCUGUGAAUAUUCAGUGCACUGAGGCUGUAUCAUUCCUGUGCACUCCCUUGUAUAAUGUGGAAGCACAACGAAACGUUUGAGCUCACAGCAUUUCAAGAUGACCUCCCAGCCCUGGUGCUUUCCCAUCCUAAAAGCAACCUAACUGAAAGGAAGUAAUACCUCGCUGGACCAAUAGCAAUGGAUGUGGGAGUAUUUGUGGUCUGGUAAAAUAUUGUAGUUCUUUGUGAAGCUGCCCUAAACCCUUGUAAUCAUUCUUUCCUCAUUCAUUCAUUCAUUCAUUCAUUCAUUCUGCAAGCAUUUGUUGAGGGCCUGCUUUGCUCCUAAAAGCAAGCGGAAAGCAUCGUGAGUUCGCUGUAGCCGAGGAGCCCUGGGAGCCCAGCCGAUGAGCCAGGGGAUGCCAGUGAUACCUUAAAUGGAGUGACGGUCCACCCCGAACAAAGAGAGCAAGUGGAUUCUGGUGAACUGGCCAAGGCCUGUGGUCCUCUUGAGCAAGUCUCUCCUGUUCCAGAAACCAAAAGUGCCCUUCUUCAUCUUCAGAGACAUUAUACUCUUAACAUCCACUUUUUCAGACUGAGCGGUCUCUACUACUUAGGGUUUGAAAAUCCAUUACAAAGUCACUUUCCAUUAGAAUUUGGUCAUCCACGUGUGUAUGAAAGUAGAUGUGGGGUUUGGGGGCCGGGGACAAAUUGCCAUCGCUCUAAAGUAACUGUCGCGGAAAAAACUAGUUAUGUCAAGGAGGCAGUAGUGUCAGCCUUUAGGAAGAAUGAAGCAAAGAAGAGCUGUGGAACAGAGCUCACUUACUUCAAAUAAACGUGUUUCUAAAAAAUAGCUUGACAUCUGAUGUUACAUUUCAUUCUGACAAAUAACCGAACAGCCGAAGCUGUUGUUUCCUAUGUAGGUUAUCGGAAUUAUUGGAUGGCAAGAUAAUUAGUGUUUCUGGGUUGGAUUUUUGAGAUAGUAUGCAAAUCAUAAGCACAGUUUCAAUAAAACACAUAUUCUGUGGGCGUGUUGAACUUGUAUUAUUUGGAAUUGAGAAGAGCAGACUUCUGACAAACCAGUGCCUAUAUCAUAAACAGAGUAGCUGCUACUGUGCAGACUGUCGGUCUUUACUUUCAUAAAGGAAACGUUACUGUUAAACCUGACUACAUUUUGGGGGGUGGAGUCCUGUGCUUUCUUCAAAUGAACACUUAGUGUUUCACACUGCCUUUUGAUCAACUCUCAAAGUGUUUGUUUUGCAGCUGCCGUUUGAGCAUGACUAGUCAUCUUUUCCCCCCAAGUAAUGAAAACGAUUUUGCAUGGCCUCCAUCUAACCCAGAAAGCAUGUUCUUACCACCUAUGCAAAUAACUAAUAAAAUGUAGACUACCCUAAAUGUAAAUUUUUUUAAAAAGGCAAUUCUUGGAUUAUGGAGCUCUAUUUUUGAAUUUGUAAUUUUUUACAUGUGGCUUAAUCAUCAAUACAGAAGAGCAUGAAUGUGUUUUCUUGUUUUGCUUGCAAAUGUUUCUCUUUGCUGCUUGCUUUUUUUUUUUUUUUUUUUUUAAUCAGCAAGAUUGUAUGUAAAAUGGUAUUUUGCAAGCAGGAGUGGAAUUGGAUAUGUUGAACACACACGGGUUUAUAUACUGUAUUUAGCAUGAACACUUUCCUAAAGUAUUUUGUUCUAAAAAAAAAAUAACCUGCCAUUUUCUAUAGAUUUUAAUUUUUUAUAUCUUCUAAGGUUCUAUUGUGGUCACAAGGAGAGAAUGUGGCUUCUAAUAGUGCUAACAAUUUUAAAAUGCUUUUGUAGAGACCUAGAGCUGUUUUGGAAAGCUUCGGAGAUUCCCAGCCAUUAGUCACAAUAAGACUAAGCUCAUGGAAUUUAUGGUAGCAUACUACAGUGGAUUAGUUUCUAGAUCCAUCUCACAAGCAUUCAAAACAAGUGUUUCCCAAUUUUGGAGGGAAGGGAGGUCCACUGCAGGCUUGGGAGGCUUUUUCAAAUCUCAUACGAGUACUCUCCUGAAGAUUCCGUUAAGCCUCUUCUGAAUGACUUCUAAUGCUCAGCACUCACUAGAAUCAUCUAGAGAACUUUUAAAGAUGCCUGGGUUCUACUCCUAAGACUUUGAUCUAACUAGUGAAGGGGCAAGGUCCCAGGAAUUGCCAUACAUUUUAAAGCUCCUGGGGGUUUCUAAUAUGCAGU